AUGUCCGAUUUGGGUGUUGUGGGUCUGCCGCUUCGUGUGGGCUGUAAAUAUGAGCCUCGCCUAAGCAUGCGACGCAUCUACAACAAGAAAUGCUUUCGCGACGAGCGCUACCAGCAUGAAGUGGCCAAUCAUUAUCGCGACCUACAGCUGCAACAAAGCACCAUAUCGGGCAUUACGUAUGCGCCCCGUGGCCGGCAAACGAUUUGCUCGGCGUUGCCACCGGACGAAAUUUACAACGAUACAGUGCAACGUAUCAGAAGCACUCAAAACUGCGACCAAUUGAAGGUGUUCGUGCAGCGGCAGCUCAACUGACGCAGUGGCGCCGCCAAAGGGGGCCGCACAGCAACUGAAAGGGGCACGAGGACAAUUGGCAAUGAUGGCAACCAAGGCAGCGCACGCAGCAGCAGCAGGCGCAGCAGCAGCAGCAACAAUUAUGAGCAGCAUGUACUAAAUAUUAAUACGAGGGAAAGCCUACAACGGCAGCAACAGCAGCCGCAGCAGCGGCAGAGGCAGAGACAGCGACAGCGACGUCGGCGCAUAGAUCUAUACACGUAUUUGCAGUUGGCGAAUAGCUACUACGAACGGGGGUUGCAAGCAAAUAUUAAGUACCUGCAAUCGAUUGGCCAGCGUAAUGCAAUAAAGCAACAGCAACAGCAACAGCAGCAGCAGCAGUCGCAGCAGCAACAGAAGCGAUACAAACAGCGACGUCACUCAUUGGAAGCUUGGCCGCAGCGGCAGCGGGCAGCAGUCGAGCAGCCGCAACAGUUGAGCACAUUUUUGAAUAGUCUGCAGCAGCGCGAGCGUUGCCAGACAUCAGUGCAAGACCAGAGCUCGAGCACAGACGCCAUCAGAGUGCGCAUAACGGCCGGGCAGCGCAACGUAACGGACAUGUGCGAUUUUGCCAGGCAGUGUGGUGAAAAUAGCAGCAACACUAAGAACAACAACAACAACAACAGCAGCAGCAGCAUCAGCAGCAGCAGCAAUAACAGUUAUCAAGUGUCAGCCAUCGAUCAACAGCAACAGCAUCGCAAGCUGUAUGAAAUAAUCGAUAACUUGAGUCAAUUGAGUUUGUGCGAUAACAGUCUGCCGCUCAUUACGCUUACCGACUGUACGCAACAGGUGGCGCUGUAUGGCGGCAGCUUCGAAAUAGCCGGCAGUUGCCCAAUGCAAAUACCCAACGAAGCCAGACCACCAACAUAAAACAAUACUCGAAAACAACAACAGCAACACUAACAAAAAAAGUGCAAUUAGUUGCCAGAACAAACAACAAAGCAAACAAACAAACGAGCUGCAAAAUACACUGGAACAAAGCAAGAGGCGCGCACGUCAUCGGAAAUCGUUUCGUUUCGUUUUUCUUCAAUUUUUUUUUUGAUUUUUUUCCUGCCUGUUGUUUUUAUAUGC